AACAUGGACAAGGCGGCGCAGCGCUUCCGGCUCCAGAACCCUGACCUGGACUCAGAGGCGCUGCUGGCCCUGCCUCUGCCUCAGCUGGUGCAGAAGUUGCAGAGUGGGGAGCUGUCUCCGGAGGCUGCACUCUUCACCUAUGUGGGAAAGGCCUGGGAAGUGAACAAAGGGAUCAACUGUGUGACCUCCUACCUGGCUGACUGCGAGACUCAGCUGUCCCAGGCCCCAAAGCAGGGCCUACUCUAUGGUGUUCCCGUGAGCCUUAAGGAGUGCUUCAGCUACAAGGGCCAGGACUCCACGCUGGGCUUGUGCCUGAACGAGGGGCUGCCAGCAGAGUGCGACAGCGUGGUGGUGCAAGUGCUGAAGCUGCAGGGCGCAGUGCCCUUUGUGCACACCAACGUCCCCCAGUCCAUGUUCAGCUAUGACUGCAGCAACCCCCUCUUCGGCCAGACCUUGAACCCAUGGAAGCCCUCCAAGAGCCCUGGGGGCUCCUCGGGGGGUGAGGGGGCCCUCAUUGGGUCCGGAGGCUCCCCACUGGGCCUGGGCACUGACAUCGGAGGCAGCAUCCGGUUCCCUUCCGCCUUCUGUGGGAUCUGCGGCCUCAAGCCCACGGGAAACCGCCUCAGCAAGAGUGGCCUGAAGGGCUGUAUCUAUGGACAGGUGGCAGUGCAACUCUCUGUGGGUCCCAUGGCACGCGACGUGGAGAGCCUGGCGCUAUGCCUGAAAGCCCUGCUGUGUGAAGACCUGUUUCGCUUGGACCCCACCGUACCCCCGCUGCCCUUCAGGGAGGAGAUCUACACAAGCUCCAAGCCCCUGCGUGUAGGCUACUAUGAGACCGACAACUACACCAUGCCCACCCCGGCCAUGGAGAGAGCCUUGCUGGAGACCAAGCAGAGCCUCGAGGCUGCAGGCCACACGCUGGUUCCCUUCCUGCCAAGCAACAUACCCCAUGCUCUGGAGACCCUGUCAACAGGUGCGCUGUUUAGUGACGGCGGGGACAGCUUCCUGCGGAACUUCAAAGGUGACUUCGUGGACCCCUGCUUGGGGGACCUGAUCUUAAUUCUGAAGGUGCCCCAGUGGCUUAAAGGACUGCUGGCCUUCCUGCUGAAGCCUCUGCUCCCACGGCUGGCAGCCUUUCUCAACAGCAUGAAGCCUCGGUCGGCUAGAAAGCUCUGGGAGUUGCAGCACGAGAUCGAGGUGUACCGCAACACCGUCAUUGCCCAGUGGAAGGCUCUGGACCUGGACGUGCUGUUGACCCCCAUGCUGGGCCCUGCCCUGGAUUUGAACAGCCCAGGCAAGGCCACAGGGGCCGUCAGCUACACUCUACUCUACAACUGCCUGGACUUCCCCGCGGGGGUGGUACCUGUCACCACCGUCACCGCCGCAGACGAGGCCCGGAUGGAGCACUACCGGGGCUACUUUGGGGAUAUAUGGGACAAGGUGCUGCGGCAGGCCGUGAGGAACAGCGUGGGGCUGCCGGUGGCCGUGCAGUGCGUGGCUCUGCCCUGGCAAGAGGAGCUGUGUCUGCGGUUCAUGCGGGAGGUGGAGCGGCUGAUGACCCCUGGAAACCCGCCAUCCUGAGGGCCGCCUGCUCACCCAGCUCCUGAGGACCCGAGACCCACGUGCCACCCGGCCUGGCCUAACUGGGGCACGACAAUGGCCGAGAGGAAGCACUGAGCAUGGGGGAGGCUUCCACACCCCCUCCCAGCCCCCUGUAAGAAGCGUGGAUCCCCCAAGUCUGGACCUUGCUCCCCGCUCUGGUCCCCCUCUGCCCCAUCCCCAGCCCCCAUGUGGCAGCCAGUGGAUGUGACAGGGCCACGGCCCACUAACAGUCAAGAAACAGCU